ACAGUGAUGGAAGCAGUAUCUGAGUUAUGAUUUAUCUCUAGCAUGCUUCCUACAUAUGUAGAAAAUCAUAAACAUUUUAAACUUUGGUCAGACAUCCUGGGACUGAUCUUUUUAGAACCCCUCUUCCCAAUACCAUUCCAGGUAGAGCAUUUUUGCUCUGAAAACCCAUUGCUGCCCAAUUUCUUUAUGCCUUUAAAAUGCUAAAAUACAAUUUUGUGUUCCAGAAACCUAGCCUUGGGUUCUUUUGUUCUUAAUCAGAAGACUGGCGCAUAUUGUUUGACAAGGCUGAAAGAGAAUCACAGGUUCUAAUAGGUCUACAUAAAAAUUUAGAAGAAUAUGUAUAGAUGUGAGAAAAAGAAAGUAAAAAUGUUAUUUUGGCUUUCCUACCUAGAAGUUAAGAAAUUUUAAAAACGUGACUAGUCAGCCACCAUGAAGAUAACAGAGAAGGAAUAAAGAACCUGCAACUAAUGUCAGGACACUAAGGAGAAAUGGUGGAAAAGAGAGAUCGAAACCAUUCCUUGCUUCAAUUACACUCCUGAGAACACAGCUUGCAAAAGAGAGAUCUCUAAUUGGAGAUUUCAAGACCUGCCCAGAUUACUACUUUGGUAGAUCCAAAGAGACACCCAGUGUGCAUGAACUUUUCAAGUUCUCUGAAUUUUACCAUAAGUGACAGAGCUUCAGAGGACGUUCCUUCUAUAGCAGUUGACAUUUGAAACCCCAAAACAGUUCAACCAAGAAUUUCCAUUAAUAUCAAAACUUUCUGACUAGAAGUUUUCAAAGUUCAUAAUUCACCAAGAGAAGGAAUAUGCAUGAGCUAUUAGAGAAAUGGUGACAAACUCUACCACUAGAAAAGGAAGACACUGCAAGCAAAAAUCUUAAUGAGAAAGACCAUAAAAGUACUGACAGGCGUCAGUCUCACUAUGGCUGUCCACUCCUAGGUUCUAGUUUACUAAAAAUAGCUCUCAGAGUACAGAUCUCUCCUUCUCUUUGCCCUAAGAAAGCUAAAGAACUCUCCAAGGGGUGUGGCGACUGCCCUCUGAAACCUGAUGCUAGUUGUGAGGUCAGAUUUGCCCAGAAAUAAAAGGAAGCCUCAGAGAAGGAGGACUCCACUCAGGGAUUGGAGCAGCCCUCAACUUACUAUUCUGCCUCGCCACCGCUGUUUUGCAGUCCAGAACUCCAUCAUGAUCGAGUUCUCUAAGGAACAACAGGAUGAAUUCAAGGAGGCAUUUCUCCUGUUUGACAGAACCGGUGAAAGCAAAAUCACCUUAAGCCAGGUCGGCGAUGUCCUUCGGGCACUGGGCACAAAUCCUACCAAUGCAGAGGUCAAGAAGGUUCUGGGGAAUCCUAGCAAUGAAGGUAACCUUAUCAGCUUAUUCAUGGUCUGUGGAAGUCUAGAGAAACCAUUGGGGGAGGGAGAAGAAGAUGAUGAAGAGAAGGAAGGGGAAGGAGAUGGAGAGGAAUAGAAAUAAAUAAUAAAUUCCAUAUAAUAAGGCUUAGUGUACUCCUGAUGGUGGCAGGUAUGCUUCUUGUCUAUCCAGUCUUAUUAGCAUUUUCCUCAUAAAACAAGUUAACCUUCCUUUGAGAAGGAUCACUAAACAUGAUAAAAUGUCAUGUAGUGAAAAGAAAUGAUAUCUAAUGCUAAGACCAUCAUCCUUAUCAUUAGAUCUACUGUCCAUAGUAGAAGGGAGAAUGAAAUUAAAUAAUAUUCAAAUCAGCACAUUUUCUUCAGACUU